UUGUGUAUCGCUGUGAGCCAUGGCUCCCUUCUUACGGAUAUCUUUCAACUCAUUUGAGCUGGGACCUGUGCAGAAUCAAGGAGAACAGCUACAGCCUUUCUGUGCUAUCAAGAUGAAGGAAGCUUUGACUACAGAGAGAGGAAAAACUCUGCUUCAGAAGAAACCUACCAUGUAUCCAGAAUGGAAGUCAACUUUUGAUGCCCACAUUUACGAGGGACGAGUGAUCCAGAUUGUGCUCAUGAAAGCAGCAGAAGAGCCACUCUCUGAAGUGACUGUGGGUGUGUCGGUCCUGGCAGAGCGCUGCAAGAAAGGCAAUGGCAAAGCAGAAUUCUGGCUUGACCUACAACCUCAGGGGAAGGUGCUGAUGGCUGUGCAGUAUUUCUUGGAAGAUACAGACUGCAAACAGUCAAUGAAGGAAGACGAGGGGACAGUAACUAUUAACAGGAGAGGAGCUAUCAAACAAGCCAAAAUCCACUACAUCAAAAAUCAUGAAUUUAUUGCCACCUUCUUUGGACAACCUACAUUUUGCUCUGUCUGCAAAGACUUUGUGUGGGGACUCAACAAGCAGGGAUACAAAUGUAGGCAAUGCAAUGCUGCUAUUCAUAAGAAAUGCAUUGAUAAAAUCAUCGGGAGGUGUACCGGGACCGCAGCCAACAGCAGGGACACAAUGUUUCAAAAGGAACGGUUCAACAUCGACAUGCCUCAUCGCUUCAAAGUUUACAACUACAUGAGCCCAACCUUCUGUGACCACUGUGGCAGCCUGCUCUGGGGGCUGGUCAAGCAAGGCCUGAAAUGUGAAGAAUGUGGGAUGAAUGUGCAUCAUAAAUGCCAGAAGAAGGUGGCAAACUUAUGUGGAAUAAACCAGAAGUUGCUAGCUGAAGCUUUAAAUCAAGUUAGUCAGAAAUCUACUCGAAGGUCUGAUUCUGGAUCUGUAGAAAGUGUUGGUGUUUAUCAAGAUUUUGAUAAGAAACCUAAAGGUCCAGGAGGAGAUAAAACAGAUAACAGUGAGUAUGAUAAGCUCUGGGAGGGAAGCACAGUCAAGACAGCAUCACGAAUUGCAAGGAGAAAAUUCAACAUAGACAGCUUCAUCUUCCAUAAAGUACUAGGGAAAGGAAGCUUUGGAAAG